CUGCCAGGUCGAGUCGAAGUAAGACUGCCUAGCAGGUGUUUUCGCAGGUCGUUACCGACCUCCCUCGCAACAGAUCCGACCGGGAGAUUUGUGGUAAACCCUGUUGCCAAUCUCCUUUCCUCCCUGGAACAUUGAACCGUAUGACACCUCCUCCAAACGCAACGCUGCUGCUUCCCAACUGAACUUGCAAGAACCUUCUGCCCGCUCACCCUUCCAUUUUCUUACCUACCUGCAACAUCGGACCGCCCAUUUAGAUCAUCACCAUGAAGCCCAUCACCCUCAUCAGCGCCGCCCUCGCCGGUUUCAGCACCGUCCUGGCCUCUGCGGCCCACCAGCAGCAGUUUCCGUCUGUUCGACGCUCACGCCUGCGUCCCAGGGCUGCCCUCUCGGCACCCAGCACUGACGACGAAACCAACCCGCCGGACGAGACCUACAACGGCAAUUGGGCCGGCGCUGUCCUGACCGGAGCCGGCUACCGCACCGUCACGGGCACCAUCACGCUCCCGCCGCUCCGCCUGCCGCCGGGAGCCGACAGCAACGUGCUGCACGCCGUCUCGGCUUGGGUCGGCAUCGACGGCCAGCCCCCCUGUCCCAACGCCAUCCUGCAGCUGGGCGUCGACAUGUACCUGAAUGCCAGCGAGCCGUCGUAUUCUGCAUGGAUAGAAUGGUACCCGAACCACUCGACCUACCUAACCGACUUCGCCAUGCUCCCCGGCGACCGGGUGACGCUCAACCUGACGGCGCCGUCGCUGUCGUCGGCCGCCUUCACGCUGGCCAACCACCGCACGGGCCAGACGGACCGCGCCUCGCUGACCGACCAGCAGCCGCUGCUGUGCGGCUUCAGCGCCGAGUGGAUGGUCGAGGACUUCCUGGGCAGCAACGGCGUGCCGCUGGUCGACUUCGGGAGCGUCACCUUCACGGGCGCCAAGUUCGCCACCGACACGGGCGUCACCGGCGGCGUGGCCGAUGCUGGCCUGCAGGGCAUCCGGGAGAAGGCGGACGGGCCGGUCGUGGUGGAGUGCGGCAAGGUCGGCGGCGACAGCGUGACGUGUGUGUAUCAGGGUCCGGGGUCGGCGGAUGAUGUUCACCUCACUUGAAUACCUACUUACCUAAGGUACCGUGAAACCCAGGACGGCGGCGCGGGGCUUUUUAUUAUUUGGGGGGAUGGUCGCUAUGUAAGAUAAGCACAGAGGGAUAUCAUCUAUGCCGCGGUCCCCGGCGACGUUUCAGAGGGCAGAAACCUCCACUGAUUCGUGCCUAUGCUCUGUUUCAUUCACUGUUGAUGAGCGUCGAGCAAUGAAUGAGGCAGUUUAUGCAUACA